AUGAUGGGCUCGUCGAACAAACCAAAUGGCAACAAGAACGCCUCAGCGCACUGGACGCCCAUUGAUAUCGGCAAACCAUCCACCGUCGACUACGUGAUAGAGGGGUCGACCAUCGUUCUCAAUGCACUAAAAAAUGCUAGCUCGGUGACUAGCAUUCCGUUCUUGAGCGAAGCAGCCGCUGUGGCGGUGAGGAUCAUGACGAUGGCCCAGGACGUUCGCGGAAACACGGACGCAUUUGUUGAGCUAGGUAGAGAUGCUUGCGGUCUCGUGUACGCGGUGCUCGUUGAGUGCCAGAAUAUCGUCAAUUCUGGUCGCGUAAUACCUGAGCGUCUGCAGAAGCACAUUUGUCAGCUCGUGGAAAAUUUGAGAACGAUCGAGAAGUACGCUGAGAAGAAGGUCGACCGGGGCUACGUCAAGCGAGUCAUUCAUCACAAUAGGGACAAAGAACAGAUCGAGCAGUACAAGGUGAUGCUCCGCCAAUCGUUGGACUUGUUCGGCCUUCAAUCUACGAUCACGAUACAGGACAACGUGCAGCGUGUUUUAAUCGCUGUUGAGGCCCAACGGGACGAGUUGCGUCUUGAAAGAAUCAAACGACAGAAGGAAGAAGAGGAGCGAAAAAGUGAGGCCGAGAUCAAGAGGAUUCAAGAGGAGGACGAACGCCUCGCUCGACUCGAGGAAGAGGAGAAACGCCGGAAGGAGAACGAGCGCUUAAAGAAGAAGCUUGCAAAAGAAAAGAGACGCCGAGAGAGAGAGGAAAAUCGCCGUGCCGCAAGUGAGAACGAUGCUGAUUCUUCCGACGAAGAGAAACGAAAGCCUUCGAGGCGUCCGAGUCCCCAGCCUCAGCAGUUCGCUCACGGAUAUCCAUACAACCCUUCACUUAGGGUUAGGGUUAUGGGGUGUUUUUUGGACCAUAGGGACUUUGCCCUAGGGCCCUAG